AUGGAUCUGCAGAACUCUAAAUUAACGAGGAUGGAUCGUAUUCCUAUUGGACGUCUCGUCUGGUGGGGUGCUGUAUUACGUCUACUUCUUAUCAUUUACGCCUUCUUUCACGACCGCUGGUUUCGUGUGAAGUAUACGGAUAUUGAUUACAUGAUUAUUGUGGAUGGUGCUCGUGAGAUGUGGAUGGGAGGAUCUCCUUUUGAUCGUACUACAUUCCGUUAUACUCCAUUCCUCGCUGUGUUGAUGCUCCCAAGUGUGUUAGUGGCAAAUCCAAUGGGGAAACUCAUCUUUGCAUUAUGUGAUUUGGGUGCUGCAUACUAUUGCUAUGAAGUAUUGCUUACAUUUGCGACAGAGCGAAGUGCCAAGUGGAUGGUAUCAUUAUUUAUCCUAUUUAACCCUAUUGUAUUAAAUGUUUCUACUAGAGGAAAUAGUGAUAUGCUUAUUACUUUUAUGAGCCUUAUGGUAUUAGCAAAAUUUGCACAAUCAAAGUAUUACCAAGCGGCUUCUGUUCUUGGUUUUGCUAUUCACUUCAAAAUAUAUCCCGUUAUUUAUGCUCUUCCUUUGGUAUUGGGCGUAUGGGAGAAAAUGGAGGCAAAAAGUAUUCUUCAACGAAUCAUACGAGUUUUUCCUGUAGUAAUACUUUGUGGUAUUUUGGCGGUUAUUUCAUUUUUAAUUCCUACUUUUAUCUGUUAUAAAUGGUUUGGUCAGCAAUACUUGGAUGAGGCAUUUAUUUAUCAUGUUUACCGUGAAGAUCAUCGUCAUAAUUUCUCACCUUAUUGGCUUCUCAUGUAUUUAAAUAUGGCUCGUCGUCAUCUUGGUAUUGAAGGUGUGGAUUACGCUCCUGGACUUUUGGCAUUUUUACCACAAGCCAUUGUAUUAUUUCUUGUCUCUUACAAAUUGCGUUUCAACAUUGCACAUGCAUUUUGUAUUCAGACGGUAUUAUUUGUCGCUUUUAAUAAGGUCUGCACUGUGCAGUACUUUGUGUGGUUCCUCCCCUUUCUAACAUUUCUCUUCUGUGAACCCCUUGGAGAGAAUAAUAAUAAUAAUAAUAAUAAUAAUAAUAAUAAUAAUAAUAAUAAUAAUAAUAAUAAUAAGAGGAAGGAAGAUCAUCUCAAGAGUGGUAAACAGAAUUGGCAACGACCUGGCAUCAUCAAAACAGUGUUGAUUGUGGCUUUGUGGGCAGCGACGAUACCACUUUGGGUAACGACGGCUAUUCCACUCGAGUUUCACGGCAAAAGUGACUUUGGACGACUGUGGAUUGUCUCGUGUGUAUUUUUUCUCGCAUUGGUUUCCCUCGCAGCCUGGCUUGCACGUGUGGCCCUACACAUUCAGGAAAGAAGCCGAGCUGAGAAGAGAAGAGAUAAGCUCUCGUAA